AUGAAAAGGCAAAAAGGGUAUAAGAGUCUCCCCAGCAUGACUUUACAUUUCAAGAAUGCUAAUCUCGUGGUUCGACGGGAAGAACUCUUUCUAGUGAUGGACAAGAUUAGUUCGAACAAAGGCGAAUAUUUUUGCUUGGCGAUAAUUCCAAGCGAUUUCAUCAGUGUUUUAGGGUCGCAUCAACAAACCAACCAAAGGUUUAUUUACGAUACGAAAGAAAAGCAUCUGCUUUUCAGCACAGAUAAUUGCUCUAAAGAUGGAAAAAACACUGUUGGAAACUCCAAUGGCUUGGCAAUGAGGCUGAUCCAUCCAAAUUCGCCCGAAUCGCCUUUUUACCAGAGUAAACUGCAUCCUGAAGAAAGAAUCAAAAUGUUAGCUUCGCAAUCCACGCAUGCACAAAUCAAUGUGCAACUCUUUCAGUACAUUGUCAAAAUUGGAAUCGGUACAUUCAAAACCAAACCGCCAUACAAGGAGUAUUACUUAGAAAUGGACACGGGCAGCAGCCUGAUUUGGCUUCAAUGCAAUGGCUGCACAAAAUGCUUCAAGCAAACACCGGCCCCAUUUCCUAAAGAAAAUUCCUCAUCUUUUCGCCCGGUUAUCGAAAACAAUAACUACAUAUUUUACAAGUCGAAUUAUCACGAUGGAGACACAACUCAAGGCAUUCUGGCCCGUGAGACAUUUCACCUCAAGACAAACAAGGGGGGUUUAGCAAAAAUUGAAAACGUACAAUUCGGGUGUGGUUUGAACAACAAAAUGCAAUACGGGGACUUUAGCAAGAACAAGAUAGCAGGAGCAAUGGGACUUGGGUGGGAAGAUAUAUCUUUCGUUAAACAGCUUGGGAAUAUAUCAAAAGGCAAAUUCUCUUACUGCUUGCCAGUUGUGAUCUCGGGUAAAGAAGCACCCAAUUCGUAUCUGAGGUUUGGAGAUGCAAUAAUAGCCCACAACAAAAGUUCCAAGACUACCCCUUUAUACAAAAGGGGCAAACCGAGCCAUUAUCAUGUUGAAAUUCAAGGCAUUAGCAUCAACAGGACAAGUCUUAAUAUUCACCCGGGAGUAUUUGCGUUCAAGAACGAUAGCAGAAGAUCGGGUAGCAUUAUCGACACAGGCACGCCUUAUUCAAGAAUCGUGGCCCCUGCAUUUGAAAUAUUAAAACUGGAGUUAGAAAAGUACUUUUCGAGAUCAAAGAGCAACUUGAAGAAGAUUAAAGGCAAUCUGGGUUUGGAAUUAUGCUUUGAGAGGAGCAAACGGGAGGGGUUCAAGAAUCUACCUGAUAUUACCUUACACUUACAGGGAUCGCAAGCGGACUUUGUUUUGAGACCCGAGGCAGGUUUUGAGGUCGUCAAUCAACUUCGUCUAUUGAAGUCACGCGAGUAUUUCUGUCUAGCGAUGAUUCGGGAUGAAGAGAGAUCUGUUAUUGGAUCUCAUCAGCUGACAAAUCAUAGGAUUACGCAUGAUACUAAGAAUAAUGAACUGCUUUUCUAUCCGGAGGAUUAUAGCAACAUCACCUUCACCACCAUAGUCCUUGCACCACUAAACAUCACUCUUGUCAGCUCCAAUGGCCUGACAAUAGAAUUAAUACAUCCAUACUCGCCCGAAUCGCCUUUUUUUCAACCCAAUCUCUCUCACGAAAAAAGAAUCAAACUUUCAACUACCCAAUCCAACACACACCCCAAUUACUUCUCCAACAUGUUGUCAUCAACCAUACAAGCCGACCUUGAAGUGCAACUCCUUCAAUACACCGUCAAAAUCGGGAUUGGAACUUUCAAUUCAAAACCGCCGUACAAAGAGUAUUACUUAUUAAUGGACACGGGAAGCAGCCUGGUCUGGCUUCAAUGUGAGGGCUGCACAAAGUGCUUUAAGCAAAUACCGAAGCCAUUCCCCAAAGGAAAUUCCUCAUCUUUUCGCCCGAUUACUUAUAAAAGCAAGCAAACAUUCUACGAGUGUGAAUACACUGAUGGGGACAGCACUCGCGGCAUCUUGGCCCAUGAAACAUUUUACCUCAAGACCAAAACAUCCGAGCUGGCGAAAAUCGAAAACAUAAAAUUCGGGUGUGGUCUGGAAAACAAUAUAUUAUAUGGCAAACUCAAAGAUAACAAGAUUGUCGGAAUAAUGGGACUCGGCUGGGAUGACAACUCGUUCGUCAAACAGCUCGGACCCAAAAGCAAAGGCAAAUUCUCAUACUGCUUGCCUCGUAUAAACUUGGGAAAAGCACCCAACACGUAUCUAAGAUUUGGCGAUGAAGCCUUAGUCCAAAUCAAACUCACCAAAAGCACCCAACUGCUCAGAAUAAAAAAUAAAGACCUUUACUAUGUGGAAAUGCUUGGCAUCAGCAUCAACAGGGCUAAGCUCAACAUCAGCCCACAAGUGUUCGCAGUGAAGAACAGCAACAGCAGAACAGGAUGCAUAUUCGACUCAGGCACGAUUUACUCACGAAUCGUGAGCCCCGCGUUCGAGAUCCUGAAACAGGGGUUAGAAAAGCACUUUCUGCAAUCGAAGGGCUUGAAGAGAAUUAAAAGAGAUUUGGGUCUCGAAUUGUGCUACGAGAGGACCAAGCCCGAGGGUUUCAGAAACCUACCAGAAAUCACCUUCCAUUUGAAGGGGUCGCAGGCCGAUUUCGUCUUGAAGCCCGAGGCGGCGUUCGAGAUUUUUAUCAGAUCUAGCAUGUUUUUCGAGACCCGCGAGUUUUUUUGCUUGGCGAUGUUGCGGGAUAGGGAGAGGUCCACCAUUGGAGCUCACCAGCAGACGAAUCAAGCGAUUACUUAUGAUAUGGAGAAGAAGAAGUUGCUCUUCUAUCCGGAGGAUUGUUCCAAGAAUGUUUGA